CCAGCACUAGCUGGAAGGGGGAGCUGGCGCAGGCGCGCAGCGCAAAGGCGGCCGGGAGUAAGGCGGAGUUGAAGGAGGAGCUUCAGAGGCAAAGGAGAAGGGGUGUGGUUGGUUUAAGAACACAGAUUACAGGCUGUUUUUACCAAGUUGAAAUCGCGGGAAAAUAGUUUUAUUGAAGGUCUCGCAAGAGCAAGCGAGUCAGACUAGCCGGACUUGGAAAGUCUUUCGUGAUAGCGCAAGAUUUCAGCAGCGAGUGGUCAGAGGAGGGGAGUUGGAGAACUGUAAACGCUCUCGCGAGACUUGGUACGACAGCGACGGCAGCCAGAGAGGUUUGUAAACAAGAACCGGAAGUCCUUCAUACGACCGUCCAAUGCUGGAAGCGGCCUGACUUUCUUUACCGGAAACCCUUUUCCAGGGGCUAGGAAGACUGCCCACCUGGCCGGAAGUCCCACCUCCUUGCGCACCCCCACCCUUCCAGAAGUUUUUCUGUCACUCGUGUUUGCCUCUGUUCCUUUUCUCCGUUUUCUCUCUACACCAGUAAAGGGUACAUUUAGUGUCUUUCUCUUAGCUCCAUCAAACGGGUUGUGUAUUUUCCCGAGUUGGAGUUCCUUCCCCGGCGCCCCCAUGUAGCUGAGAGGUGGGACCUGGGGGUGGCUGGACCCCUGGGAUCCUGAAGGGCGCAGAACCCUGCUUCUGCUCCUGCUACGAGGACGCAACCUCCACAGCAUUUGUCCUCCCGCUGCCAUGCAUUCUGCGGUCUUCCCACUUCCUGUGGUUGUGGCCACUGUGCUGUGGGGAGCGACCCCCAUCCAGGGGCUCAUUCGAGCGACCUCGGAGCACAAUGCCAGUAUGGAUUUUGCAGACCUUCCAGCUCUAUUUGGGGCUACCUUGAGCCAGGAGGGACUCCAGGGGUUCCUUGUGGAGGCUCACCCAGAAAAUGCCUGCAGUCCUAUUGCCCCACCACCCCCAGUCAAUGGGUCAGUCUUUAUUGCACUGCUUCGAAGAUUCGACUGCAACUUUGACCUCAAGGUCCUAAAUGCUCAGAAGGCUGGUUAUGGUGCAGCUGUGGUACACAAUGUGAAUUCCAACGAACUGCUGAACAUGGUGUGGAAUAGCGAGGAAAUCCAGCAGCAGAUUUGGAUCCCAUCUGUGUUUAUUGGAGAGAGGAGUGCUGAAUACCUGCGUGCCCUCUUUGUCUACGAGAAGGGGGCUCGGGUGCUUCUGGUUCCAGACAACAGCUUCCCCUUGGGCUACUACCUCAUUCCUUUCACUGGAAUUGUAGGACUACUGGUUUUGGCCAUGGGAGCAGUCAUGAUAGUCCGUUGUAUCCAGCACAGGAAAAGGCUCCAGCGGAAUCGACUUACCAAAGAGCAACUGAAACAGAUUCCCACUCAUGACUAUCAGAAGGGAGACCAAUAUGAUGUCUGUGCAAUCUGUCUGGACGAGUAUGAGGAUGGGGACAAGCUUCGGGUCCUCCCCUGUGCUCAUGCCUACCACAGCCGCUGUGUGGACCCCUGGCUCACUCAGACCCGUAAGACUUGCCCUAUCUGCAAGCAGCCUGUUCAUCGGGGUCCUGGGGAUGAGGAUGGCGACGAAACUCAGGGGCAAGAAGGUGAUGAAGAAGGGGAGCCAAGGGACCAUCUGGCCUCAGAACGGACCCCACUUCUGGGCUCUAGCCCCACUCUUCCUACUUCGUUUGGUUCCUUAGCCCCAGCCCCCCUUAUUUUUCCUGGGCCCUCAGCAGAUCCCCCACCCUCUCCUUCCUGUUUACCUGCCAUCCCAGUUUAAGGCUCCCACACCCAGCACCUCUGGUAACCUGUUUGCACAGGCCUUCCUCCCUCAAGUCUUAGAAUUGGAAGGACAGGGAAUUAUUUUCAUCGCAGGUUUCUCCCUUACUCGGCCCCAUCCUUUUGAAGGAGUUGGGGGAAGACGAAAGCGACUGAUCAUUAUUUCUUGGGUUAAUAAAAUUGUUUUUGUGAACUGAGAAAGGGUAAGGUCAUUUUCAUACAGGCAAACAUAUUUUUCGGAACAUCACCCUUUUUUCUACCACAAAGGAGCACUGGGAGACUAACCUGGAGUCUUGGGGACAGCCCCAGGAGGCAUUUACUGUGACUCAGAGGGGGAGCCCCACCUCCGCAUGAGAAUGACUCAACUGACCCUGCCUUACCCACAGACUUGGAUCCAUCCUCUGGUCUGGAUGGUUCUAUUUCAUUACCUAUCAGUUAGAUUAGUACACUUGAGGACCUAGGCCACCUGGGCUUAGUCCUAGACAGAGGAAUGGAGAAAGCAGGAAAAUGGAGUUCAGGAGGGUUCAGCCCUGGACACGGAGGUGAAGAUGCUCAAACAUCUGGACUUAAACAUUCUUGUUCCCAACUCCAGGCCAGGAUAAAAGGUCACUGCCUGUCCCCAUUCUGAUGCCCAAGUGCAAACAACACCCACCUUGUUAGAAUCUUUUUUUAUUCAGAAAAAAA